CUGAAGGCUGCAUGGUGGUUUCAGAAACUGCCUCCCUCACUUGAAAAGAACAAUGGUAGGAAAGGCGAGAUCUUCCAAUUUCACCUUAUCUGAGAAGCUAGAUUUGCUGAAGCUUGUGAAGCCAUAUGUUAAGAUUCUCGAAGAACACACUAAUAAACAUUCAGUGAUAGUAGAAAAGAAUAGAUGUUGGGAUAUCAUAGCAGUUAACUACAAUGCAAUCGGGGUAGACCGCCCUCCUCGAACAGCCCAGGGCCUACGCACCCUUUACAAAAGGCUGAAAGAAUAUGCUAAGCAAGAGCUAUUGCAGCAAAAAGAGACCCAAUCAGAUUUUCAAAGCAAUGUUUCUGAGCCAACCAGGAAAGUUAUGGAGAUGAUUCCCCAGAUUUCCAGUUUUUGCCCGGUAAGAGACAGGAACCACAUACAAAGUGCAAGCUUGGAUGAGGAAGUACAGGCUGGCACCAGCUCACUCCAGGUGAUGUUGGAUCGUCAUCCAGUUGCGAUAACUGUGGAAGUGAAGCAAGAAGAAGACACUAAGCCCCCUCUCCCACUGCUUCUCAAUUCUCAAGGGAGCGAUACUUUAGAGCAAAGAGAAGAACAUGACUUAGUCCAUGUCAUGGAGAGAUCUUUGUCACCGUCGCUUUCCUCUGUUGAUAUGAGAAUGACAUUGUCUCCAUCUUCUGUCCGAAGGAGAGAUGAUGUUCUUCGGCCUGAGAACGGAAACCACUUUAGGUCUCAGUUAGGUGCUACAAAUCCGCAGGUUCUACAAAUGUUGAAGGAGGAACAUCAGAUAAUUUUAGAAAAUCAAAAAAAUUUUGGACUGUAUGUUCAGGAGAAGAGGGAUGGAUUGAAAAGGAGGCAAGAACUUGAAGAAGAGCUGCUGAGAGCAAAAAUUGAAGUGGAAAAGCUGAAAGCAAUACGCUUACGGCAUGACCUGCCCGAGUAUAACAUUCUCUAAGAGUUUUUUGGUUUUUUGAUUUUUAAAAAAAUCUUGCAAUUGAUAAUUCUCAUUUUUACCAGGUUAUUUACAGUUCUUUAAGAAUGUUGUUAACUCUCUAUUAUAAAGAAAGUUUUGGACAUGAUUUUCUAAUUAUUUUCUUUUGAAAUAUUACAACAUUGGUUGAUAUGGUUAUAUAUUAUGAAUUCUCAAAUUUUUCCCCCCUAGGAAGUAUAAUUAUGGCCUCAUAAAAAGAUGUUUCAUUUUGAUCAUUAGAAUGAGCAUGCAAAAGUACAUAUGCAAACAAAGAACUCUUUCAGAGUUCUUAUUCCAACAUUUUACAUUAGAGCUUUGAAAGCUGUAGUUUGAGGUUUCAACUCAUUCCAAUUUAGAAACAAUACAAACCUAAUAAUAGAUGCUUACCUCUGACACUAAUAUUUUUUUAUUUUUGCUUUUUGGGUCACACCCAGCAAUGCUCAAUGGUUACUUCUGGCUCUGCACUCAGGAAUUAUUCCUGGCAGUGCUCGGGGGACCAUAUGGGAUGCUGGGAAUCGAACCUGUGUCGGCUGGGUGCAAGGCAAACGCCCUACCUUCUGUGCUAUUGCCCCAGCCCCUGACGCUGAUUUUUAUACCUUCAGUAUUUGAAGAAGUAAACCCUAGGAUUUUAGAGAUAGAAAGUAUUUGGACAUAGAAGAUAUUUAUAGAACACUUUUCCCAUGUCUGCAGUUUCCAGGCCAGGAAAUAGGAAACAGAUCAAGGGAAUGCUCAGACUUACCCAGUCUGUUAAAGCUAUUCAUGGUAGAACAAGGACCUACACUCACUUUCUAUGUAUGCCUCUGGAACUUCCCUUCAGUGUUUCAUAGAUGUGAUGAUAUAUUAUGUGUCCUCAAUUUUUUUUCCCCUAGGAAGUGUAAUUGUGGCCUAUACAAUUUGAAUAUGGGUAAGAAUGUAUUGCAUAUUCAAAAUUAUUUAAAAAUAUUUACUUAAGAUUGCUUUUCAAGAUGGGUAGUUUAUGCAUUAGAGAUUGUAUCAAUUACUGCCAUUUUCCUUCCUUUUUUUUUUGUCUUGCAGAAAAAGUCUGUUGGAAUGAUUAUAUACUUACUCCCUAAGAGUUACUGUCUCUUAAUUCAUUUCAACUAUUCUGAAAACUGUUUUGCAGUAAAGAUCACUAAAAAAUUAUAGCAGACAAAAUCAGAAUCUUAGACUGAAAAAGCAAAAAGAACUUGUUGAUAGUGUAUGAUAGUGUAUAAUGUGGUUUUGUUUUUUGUAAAUAUUGCUAUUUUAGUUUGGUGAAAAAAAACCCCUUGAUUCUUAAGGUACAUAUAUUGAAUUUAUGUUAACCCUUUAACAUGUAUAUUACUUACAAAAAUCUAUUUUUGACAGUAUUUAAUGACCAACCCUUGGCCUUGGAUUGUGAAACUGGGAUUACCAAGUAGUGGGGGUGCGGGAGAAGGAUAUGUGGGCUAGAGGUGGUGGUGGGAUGCAGUUACUGUGGUUAUCCAAACCAUAAAUGCUAACACUGUUGUUACGUGUUACCUAAACUGUGAUAAUAAAAUAAGCAAAUGAAAAGAAUUCCUCUUUCUCUGAGAUGUGCUGAGGAAGAAAUAUUUGGGGAGAAGGGGCCAUUGCUGGGAGAUCAUGUGGUACCGGGAAUCCAGAGUGGGACUCCUACAUGCAAGCGUUCAUUCCAGCUCUUUGUGCUAUCUCCCAUGCUCCAGGAGGGAUUGGUUAGUGUGUGAGUGGUGGAGGGAGGCCAUCUGCUGGUGCUCACAGGCUGCUCUCAACUUAGUGCUCGGGGGUCAUGUGAUUCAGCCAGGACCUCCUGCAUGCACUCAGCCCAUUGAAUUAUCUCACCUGCCCAAAGAAGGAUUUUAAUGGGAUAAAAAUUAAAAAUCAGACUUUAGAAUGGGAUAGGUAGAAUUUUAGCAGUGUGGGAAGACAGUAUGUAAGAAUGAAUACAAUGGGGCCAGAGCAUGUGGCCAACCCAGAUUUGAUCCCCAGCACCACACAUGGUUCCCUGAGCACUGGCAGGAGUAAUUCCUGAGUGACAACCCAGGAGUAACCCCUAAUGAUCGGUGGGUGUGACCCAAAAGCUAAAAAUGAAAUAAAAGUGAAUAUAACGAAAAUGAACAUAGAGAAUAGGGAAAAGUAUACAGACAUAAACACAGUGCUAAAUCAGGUGAUAUAAGUGAACACCAGAUAACUAGUUAGGGCUACAUAAUUCGUAUUAGGAUAUGUCUUGACUAAGUGGAAUACUGUUUAGCUCUAAGAAAAAGAACUUCCUUCCUUUCCUCCUUCCUUCCCUCCUUCCCUCCUUUCUUCCCUCCUUCCUUCCUUCCUUCCU